CACCCACCCUCGCUCUGUUUUCCCUCUGCUUCAGUCUCUCUCCCUCUCUUUUGCUCUCUCUCUCUCUUCCGCAGUUCAACACUUUCGAGCUUGCCUCUUGCAAGGCUACACGCACUGACGACAGGAUGUCCAUUGUGAGCAUCAUUGCCAGGGAAAUCCUGGACUCUCGGGGAAACCCUACAGUAGAGGUGGACCUGAGAACUGACAAAGGUCUGUUCAGGGCUGCUGUGCCCAGUGGAGCAUCUACAGGUAUCUAUGAAGCUCUGGAACUCAGAGAUGGAGACAAAAGCCGUUACAAGGGAAAAGGUGUACUGAAGGCUGUUGGUCACAUUAAUGACACUCUUGGGCCAGCCAUCAUUGCAUCUGAGAUUAGUGUGGUGGAACAGGAGAAACUGGACAACAUGAUGAUAGAAUUGGACGGUACAGAGAACAAAUCUCAAUUUGGUGCCAAUGCCAUCCUGGGAGUGUCUCUGGCCAUCUGCAAGGCUGGUGCGGCAGAGAAAGGCGUACCCCUGUACCGUCACAUUGCUGAUCUGGCAGGAAACACAGAACUAGUGCUGCCAGUUCCUGCAUUUAAUGUAAUAAACGGAGGCUCUCAUGCUGGAAACAAGCUUGCCAUGCAGGAAUUCAUGGUACUUCCUGUAGGGGCAGAGUCGUUCCGUGAUGCACUGCGUGUUGGAGCUGAGCUCUACCAGACCCUGAAAGGUGUUAUCAAAGAGAAGUAUGGCCAAGAUGCCACCAACGUUGGUGAUGAGGGAGGUUUUGCUCCAAACAUCUUGGAGAACAGUGAAGCACUGGAGUUGAUAAAAACUGCCAUAGACAAGGCCGGUUUCACAGAUAAAGUUGUGAUUGGAAUGGAUGUAGCCGCCUCUGAGUUCUACCGAGAUGGGAAGUACGAUCUGGACUUCAAGUCGCCCCCAGACCCCAACAGACACAUUACAAGCGAUGAGCUUUUAGAGAUCUACCAGACAUUUGUCAAUGACUAUCCAGUGGUCUCCAUUGAGGAUCCAUUCGAUCAGGAUGACUGGCCCGCCUGGACUAACAUGACAGGUUCCAUCGGGGUCCAGAUUGUGGGAGACGACCUGACCGUGACAAACCCAAAGAGGAUAGAAAAAGCUGCUGAAGAUCGUGCCUGUAACUGUCUGCUCCUGAAAGUCAACCAAAUUGGCACCGUUACAGAGGCCAUCCAGGCAUGUAAGCUCGCCCAGGCCAACGGAUGGGGAGUAAUGGUGAGCCAUCGCUCAGGGGAGACUGAGGACACUUUCAUCGCUGAUCUAGUGGUGGGGCUCUGCACUGGACAGAUAAAGACGGGAGCUCCGUGUAGAUCUGAGCGCCUCGCAAAAUACAACCAACUUAUGAGGAUUGAAGAGGAACUGGGCGAUCAGGCUCGAUUUGCCGGGCACAAUUUCAGAAACCCUAGCGCUCUGUGAGACUGACAUCAUUGCACCGAAAUUACACAAAAAAACAACAGCUGACAAACAGAGUACAUACUGCACUUAACUGACUGACUAUCCCCAACUUAGAUAACCCAGAAUGCAUAAAAAUGGCACUAUUUGCACUGACAUACAAAUAAUGACUUACUCAAACACUCAAAAGAUAUAUGUAAACUGACCUGGACUGAGGACAGGCUUUAAAAGACCAAAUAUUAUGCACAGUGAAUCCUGGACAGGCUGACAUUAUGCACAAGAGAUACUGAAUUACUUGACGGGCAAACCAUGUCCACAGGGUGAACAUGCAUCCGUAAGAUUACAUGGAUACAAAGAAUUUAGGAGACAAGGCCACAAGGCCUUGAUGUUUAAAAAGAGGGAUUUGACUCAGAUGGAAUAAAAGCAGAGAGAGAGAGAUGUAUUUGAAUCAGGUGUAAACAUCUUAGAAUCCAGUUUAAGCUUCAAUUUAGAUUGCGAAGUACGUGUAUAUACAUUUAAAAAAAAAAGUUGACUUGCCACACUAAAAAAAAUAAAUGUAGUUUUUAUGGUUCAUUGCAUGAGAUUUAGGGACAAAUAUUUAGAUUAUGGAAAAUGGAAGGUAGACAAAUAUGCAGAUAUUUUGAUUUGGGGCCUGAAGUGUGGAACAGUUGCAUAGUUACAUUAAUACUUAUGCACAUAUGCGAUGAGAAGCAUCAGUGUGACUGUAAGAUGGAAAAUGAUGUUGUAGUUAGUAACACUGACAGUCUUGUUGGCUAUAUGAGGGCCCAGCAUUUUACUCCGUUUACUAAGUAGUUUGCCCAGGGCAUUAGAUGCAUUUUGUCUAUAAGAAUGUUUUCUCUUAGUUGCUGUUAUUGGGGUUUCUCUCUGACCUAAGAGCAUGCUGAGAAAAAGGAGCAUUUUUCAAAAGAGAGGGCCAAAUCCAUCAAAAUUAAAUUAAAUUGGCAACAGCUUUUCAGGUGCAACAAAGAUACAUAAUAUCAACACAAAAGGUGAUUUGACUUUUUUUAGGGACACCAGACACAUCAUGUUCAUAAAUUUCAUUGGCUUUAAAAAACAUGAUGAAUUGUCAUUGGCUUAUUGGCCAAAAAUAUUGUUAAAGAACGAGAAUGAAAUCUGAAGGAUUAAACAUGAAUUCCCAUAUCGGUUCUAAUAACUAAAUAUAAGCUAAACAUAUUGUGCUAAACCCCCACUUUCAUAUAUCUGCCUGAUUUUCUCAUGCAAUGACUCUUAAAAUAUGAAAAUCUAAUUUUCUUUCACCCUGGAUCUCCAUUUUAAAAGUGAAGUGCGUUAUUUUUGACGUUGAAAUACUUCUAACCUAAUUUGAUUUGCAGAGACAACUACUGUAUAAGUAAGACAGAAGUAGCCAUUUUGUGUCACCUUUAAAACACUGGUGUAUUUGUUUGAGCGUCAACUUAUCGCUCAACCAAUAGUGUGAGGUUGGGGGCGGGACUAGCUGUUUGUCCGAUGAAUUGCAGACAGGGGCGGGGCAGAAGAGACAGUAGGAGUGUUUUAGAAAACACAUUUGGAAACAAACAUUAUUUUUGCAAUUCUGUUUGCCGCCACUAGGGGUGCAGAAAUGACUAAUUUCAUAUUUUAAAAAUCUAAAUCCAGUGAUGAAAGAAAAAGAGACUGAAGAGUAAGACAGAAAUAGUGGGUGCAAAUAUAUAAAUUUAGUCUUCAGGAACAGCUUCAAGCACAACUGAAGAGAUAUAAAUAAAUUCACAAUGACAGAUCACACUCAAAUCUAGACAGACAGACAUUCUUACACGAAUAGAGACAACACACACUCAUUCAUUCACGUUUGUGUAGCAAAGUUUCACCCUCCCAACGCACACGACUCCUUAUUCUCUGACACCAUGGACUUCAAUUCUGUAUUUCUUCCUUUGACGUCAUUUUCACUCUCUUCAUCACUUCUUUUCCCUUCUUGUGGUAAUGGCUUGGCUUGUUCCCUCUUACCUGAAAUGUUUUCCCCUCAUGUGAUCUUUUCUCCAUUAUUGUGGUGGAAAAUGCAAGAUGCAGAGAAAAAAUAACUGACGAGUCUGUCAAUGAAUAAUGUUAUGAAAAUAAAGCUGUCAUUACUUUCGUCAA